CUAUGUCAUAUUGACUGGCUGGGCAGGCAGAAGUGCAAUUCAACGGUGUUGAGCUGUUAACAAGGCUCUCGGAUUUAAAGGAAGAGGGAGGGAGCCCAUAUUUCCUUGCACUGCCAUUGAUAUCAUAGGAUGAGCUGAAAGAGUGGCUGAAAAAAAGGGAGCGUCCUCCGCAGCCUGAUAGACCAAAUCUUCGGUUUAUUUAAGCCGGACUUUAACUGCUUGGGGUCCCCAUGUUCUCUCUUGAAACUGGUAUUUCAACUCAAUUGUCUUCCUAGUGUUCUCUUAUUCAUUGAAUCCUGUUCCUUUCAUAAUCAGCAGACUUUGAACUCUUAUUCUUGCAGAGCUAUAUCUGUUCAUUUGCAAUGGGGUUUCUCUCUCGUCUUUCUGGACAAUCGAAACAGGCCCAGCAACAAAAAGAGAAACAAAGCUCACCCAAACUCCUAUUCGUUGCAUUUGAUGGUACCUGGCAUGGUAGUGUCAAAAACUCGAAAGAGACUGUGGUAUCUAGCCUGCCCGAUCUCAUCUCCAAGGGCGAUGAAGUUCGGAAGAUUCGUGUCAAUGGAGUAGGUACUGAUGGUUUAAUUGACAAGAUUCUCGGAGGUCUUGGUGGUUGGGGUACACGUCGAAAUGUCAUAACCGCCUAUAGGAACAUUGCAGAUGAUUACAACAAGGGUGAUAGAAUCAUCUUUUGUGGCUACUCUCGAGGCGCAUGGGCUGCUCGCUAUCUAGCAAUGAUCAUUGAAUGUCUAGGCCUGGUUCGUGACGGCGACACAGAGUUCUUCAAGCGCUUGUAUGACGCAUGCAAGAAAGAUCCGUAUCUUACUAAGGCUAACAAGGAUGAGCUACGACGCAAUUAUAAAUUCUGGGAUGACAUUCAAAUUGACGCCUUGUGUUGUUUCGACACAGUUGGUUCUCUGGGUAUCCCACUGUUUGGCAUCACAAAGCCACUGUCUUACCUUCAUCGAAGCAAGUAUAAGACGAAGAUUAUCGACCAUGUUCCAAACAAUGUGAGAUAUGCCUUUCAUGCUUUGGCCUUGCACGAGACAAGAAGCCCUUAUAGUCCGACUUAUAUGUGCGGACGCAACAUCCACCAAGUCUUCUUUUUAGGCGAUCAUGGUAACAUGGGCAAGCUUGGAGAACAAGAAGGUCUUGUGCAUGCCCCUCUCGCAUGGAUGAUCCAACAACUAUCUUCCCAUCUGAGUAUCACUUUUGAUGAGGAUAAGCUCAAAAAGCGCUUCCCAAGCUGCGUUUCUGAAGGCCAAGCUGAAACAAUAUCUCGACACAGAACUCACGACACCACGCACGAGGUCAUGAUGAAACAUGCCUGGUGUUGUCCUAGUGGUUCUAUUUCUGGAGCUGGAGUGAGUAGACUAGUCAUCAUGGGUAGAAAAGACCGCAACCCGGGAAUGGUUCUCAAUUGCUGUGGUGCUGAAUGCACCGAUUCUGGUAUUGACGAAUCAACUCAACAUGAGAUUGCUUCCGCUCAUGCCCAAGUGCAUAUCGGCGCUCGUGGACGUCAGGAAUGUGGCUUCAGCGACGCAGUGCCUGGAUAUCUUGGUGUCCAGCCUAUGGACCCGAAACAAUUAUUCUUCUGGAAGAGAAGAGCGACAGGCUAGCAGGAAGUGGUUGCUGCUGAUAUAAUUCAGGAGGCCAAAGUAGGUUAUCUGGAAGCAAGACUGUUGGGACUUCCUGAAGCAGCAGCCAGUCAUCCAAGUUGCUGUGGCCUGAACCAAUCGAGAGAGGAUGACAUUAAUGCUGAAGUUUCAAGCGACAGAGACGAGGUUCAAGAGACGAAGGCUAGGAAAAGUGCACGAGAUAGGGUAAGGAACUGGUUCCAGAGAGGCUUUGGUGCAAGUGUUUAAGUACUUAUUGGUAUAGACUAUAGAAUGCGCUUGGAAUUCUAUCCACAUUCCACCUUGAUGUAAAUUGUUAAAGUCUUGAG